AUCUUGUUUACUUGAAAAAAAUAUUAUUUAUGUGUUUUUUAUUAAUUUUAUUAACAUGUCACUUAUUAUUAAAUAAAAAAAGAAUAAUUGGAUAAAUGAAAAAGAAUAAUUGGAUAAAAGAAAUGAAAAUAAUAAAGAAUAGAGAGAGAGCUCCAUAAAUACAUUAAUAACUAAUUUUUUUGUUUGUAAAAAAGUGGUCCAACUUGGCAAAUUGUGGAUCCUCCGAGUGCUUAUGUGGCAAUAGAUUACUUUUGAAUUGCCAUAAUAUAUUUUAUAGAUAGAUAGAUAGAUAGAUAGAUAGAUAGGAAUGAGAAAUGACAUCACAUUCUCUAAUAAGUGAAUAAAGUAGUCCAUGUCAUGGUUCGUGUCGGAGCUAAAUGAAACUAGUGAGUUAUCUAAAUUGAAAAGCAUUUAAUUUAUUUGAUUAAUCAGUUGAAACUGAUGUAUCAACUUCUACUAAUUAAUGGGUAAAUACCUCGGCUACCACUAAAGUAUGAGAAUUGGAGGAGUUAUACUAUUUUAGUUUGAAUAGGGCGUCAGGUACCACUGAACUCUAUUAUAUGUGUAGCCAGUACCACUUAAGUUUACCCCUAGGUGGAUUCCGUUAAAGUUAACAGUAUAUUCUUGGAAUAUUAUGUUUUCUAAAUUUCAGAAAUGGUUCUUCUACUUCUUCUUAUUGUAAAAAAAUUCUUUGGAUUUAUGAAAAACAUCAUUUUUUUGUUUUAUUUUUUAGUUCGAAUCUUCUUUUGAUGACUCUGGUACCUAACCAAUAUUUGAAUAUGAGAAAUCUAUGAUCAAUUACCAUUAUAAAUAUUUUCAAUUAUCAUUAUGUGUUCUAAUAAUUGAAUUACUUCUUGAAGCAAAUAUAUCCUGUGAAUUUUAUCCCGAUAUAAAUAAUCUGAGAAUGUUAUAUUUAAUUCACUUACAUCAUUUUAGUGGUGUUUUUAAUUGAAUUAGGGGUUUAAAUAGAUCUUUUCAUAUUAAUUUUAAUUCUUUAUUAUUAUCUUUUAGUAUAUUUAUUAUUCCUUUCUGAUAUUCAUUUAUUAUUUUUACUAAUUUAUCUAUUAUAUUGAAAAACAUUAUUAGCCAUUCUAGUAGUACUAUGUGUAGAAGGUUUUCUAAUUUUUAUAUUAUAUAAUACUUGUUGAAAUUUCGUCCUUCAGAGCGUGUCAAAGACGGUUUUCGAAUUCCUCGGGAGGUGAAGAAAAAGGGGGAAGAGCGCUGGAAGGAUUGCCUUAUUGGGCAAUUUGUUGGAGCUCAACCUAAGGUAGCACAGCUCCAGACCUGGGCUACUGGCAUUUGGGGGAGAGACGAAAUGGUGCGUGUUUCGCGAUUUGGUGAUCGAUUGUUCGUCUUCCAGUUCCCAUCUUCGUCUACAAGUCAGUGGGUCUUUCGAUCUGGACCGUGGCACUUUCAGGGAAAUCAGCUCUAUCUCAGGAAAUGGGUCCCGGAUAUUCAACUAGUGACUCCUCUUGUGGAGCCUCAUCCCAUCUAGGUGAUUAUCAGAGGUUUACCGCUGGAGUAUCACUCACUGGAAGGUUUGGAAUGGGUCGCCAGUACGCUUGGGCCGCCUCUCUAGAUGGAUAAAAUGACCAGGGUGGGUGGGCAGCUGGGAUUUGCCAAGGUUUGUGUGGAUCUGACAGCGGAGUGUGGCUUCCCUUCAAAGGUUCGACUCUAUCCUGAUGAUGAUCCGUUUUUUGAAGUGGAUGUUGAUUAUCUGAAUCUGCCUAGAGUUUGCUCGGAUUGCCAAGUUUUUGGUCACGAUUGUUCAGCUAAUGCUUUGAGUAAUAAAAGAUGGGUAGUCAAAGGGACAGCAAAGGCUCCUGAGGCCAGUUCUGAAGCUUUAGUUUUUCAGGAUGUUUCAUCCGUUGGUAUGCAGUCUGAGAUUGUAACUGUGGAAAGUGAGACUGGGGUUAGUGCUGAUUUGAAUUCCAAAGGGAAGGAGGUUGCAGAUCAGUCUCUUUGUUCAGGAUAGGGUGCUCCUACUCCUUCAUCAAAUGGGAGUGCUGCUGCUAGGUUUGUUGAUGUUGUUGUUGGACCAUCAACUCAGGCUGGGAGUCCAAGUCAACAGAUGCAAAUGCCUGUUGGUACUAUCUCACCAGUUUCUGGGAGGGUAGUUCCUCAGACACCUGUAGCAGUAGAGGAGUUGGAACCCAAUCCUUGGAUAACUGUUGGAAGUUCCAAGAGGAAGCCUAAUACACCUCAAAUUGCUAUGCAUGUUGGUCCUCGCAGAGGGGAGGGUAAGAAAUAAUGAACAUACUAGUUUGAAAUAUUCGGGGUUUUAAUGACCCGGAUAAAAAUAAAGCUGUGCA